AUGCGUCGACAAUUGAUGCCCGAUUCACCCUCGCGGCGCCGCACCACCUUCCUCGUCGCCGACAUCCACUGCGCCAGCUGCACCUCGUUCAUCGAACAACACCUCGUCCAUCUACACCUAACACCCUUCGCCAUCGAGACCUCAACCGUAGACCACAGUGUCGCGGUCGAGCUCGACGCGUCGUUACACGCGUCCACGAUCGCCAAAGCCCUUGCGGAGGCUGGCUACCGGGUUGGCACCAUAGACCCACAGUCCCGGCCCGACCAGACCUCCCCACACGCUCUGCAAGAUGCGCCAGAAGAUGAAAUUCCGUUGGACGGCCUCAACCAGACCGUCGCUCACGGUACCCGCAGGAGACAGAUUGCCGAGGAGCAUGCGAGGCGGCAGCGGCACAUGGAGCACUGCGACCAAUGCCGCGCGGGCUCGGGGGAUGUCCAGUCCCACGAAAGCAGCUUGCAACACGGUCUAUCUGGAACGUCUGAAACGGACAAUGAGAAGGCGGCCAACCUGGUGAUCGCCACCGAACCACACCUAGUGGCUACCCCGAUCUACCACGCAUCCCUCUCAAUCUCAGGUAUGAGCUGCAGUUCCUGUGUGGGCAAGAUUACAGAUGUGCUGGAAGAAAAAUCUUGGGUGCGCUCGGCCAAUGUCACCCUCCUCACGCAGAGCGCCUCGGUGGAGUUCGAGGCAGAGCACGACGCGAAGGAGCUGAUAACGAUCAUCGACGAGAUAGGCUAUGAGGCCAGCUUGGAAAAAGUAGAAACGCUUUCACCUGCUCCAACGAGUGGUCCUCCAGAUGCGGCAUACCUGUGGACCGCCUCUGUGUCCAUCGAGGGUAUGACGUGCCGCUCAUGUGUCGGCACCAUCACGGAUGCUGUCUCGAGUUUCGCGUGGACGAAGACGGUGGAUGUCAACCUUAUCACCAACAGUGCCACAAUCGUCUUCGAGAACAAAAGCCACUUGGAGGAACUUCUGACGGCGAUCGAGGACGUCGGCUAUGGCGCCAAACUCAACAGCAUUGUAUCUCGGACUGAGCGCAGAACUUCUAACACUCACAGAACGUUGUCGAUUCGAAUCGAUGGCAUGUACUGUAAGCAUUGCCCUGGCCGUGUCACGGAAGCACUAGAACGUCUCAGUCAGAGGGUAGCAAUAAAACUACCCCUAACUACAAGGAAGCCGAUACUGAGGAUGUCGUACACUCCCCAUGCCCCCAAAUUCACCGUCCGAGACAUCCUCUCGGCCAUCUCGGCAGCUGACACGGCGUUGACACCUGCCAUACAUCAUGCUCCCUCGAUGAUGGAGCGUGCGAGACAGAUGCAGGCUCGCGUUCGCCAACGAGUACUUCGCCGCGUCGUCCUAGCCGCCAUCGUCGCCAUUCCAACCUUCAUCAUCGGGAUCGUCUUCACGAGCCUCGUCCCAAGUACCAACCCCGGCCGCCGGUAUCUGAUGUAG